GUUUUGCCUCGGUGUUGGUUGCUGGGCUGCUUGCGCGGGCUUCUGGUGCUGGCUUUGCUAGUGUGUUGCGGUGCCGUUGUGUGGGUUGCUGCGGGCUCGGUCUCCCUCGGUCUGAAUGGGUAGGUGUGUUACACAACCAUAGUUCAACAAUUAAUGCCUUCAGUCGACCCCAGGCCGUCGUCGUGGUUGCGCGGUUUUUUUCCUGUGUUGCGAGCGUACACGUUUGAGCGUUUUUUCGAAGGUAGCUGAGGACACGAUCGUCGCGCUCCUCUCUUCUUUGUGGCGUUGCUUCUUCAGAGACACCUUGCGCGAUUCGAAUCUUCGGGGUUUUCGGGGGUGUACGGAACCUGAGCACGCAGCAAACAAAACAAAGUGAGCGCUCGGGAUAAACAUCUAUCUCCCGGAGCAGUGUGACGGUAUCCUUUGGGUUGCGGGAGUUCCGAUUGCGCGCGCGAGGAAGAUUCGACGAGUGUGUGUUUGUGGUGUCCAGGAAGGGGUAUUUGAGUGGGCACGAUUGCCAGGCGAUCCGUUUCGCCUUUAAUCAUGCUAAGUGUUAAUCCAUUAAAAUCGUGAAUAGACGCCGCAGCGCAGAGUGUCAUCAAACACUGGAUUGAAUAGAUUCGUGGGUUGACGUGUGGAAGAGCGGUGAAGCUGGUCAAGCCCGCCGUACAGCAGUGGUGCAAACACUGAGAUAUGGCGCUUAUGCAAAGUGCGUACCGAGCAGUUCGCCAGCACGCUGAAACGAUUUAAACGGCCGACGAGCUGGAUGCUGGAUGCAGGCGAGUUCACGGUGAAGAGCAUCCAGCGGGCUCGCUCCAGAAGCAGUUCCGUUGUGCAAGUUGAGACGAAGCCGUCCGGAAAACACAAAGAAUUGAUUAGCGACUAAGUGAAGUGGUUCUCGGCAAAAGCUAAAGCAAGAAGAAGUGGACCAAGAAUCCACAACAACCAGAGAGUAGUGCAGUGUAGAACAAGAAGACUAACUAGAAACCCAGAGUCAACAUGAUGGAUGCAUCGGCGGUAGAGGCUCGCGGCUGGUACGACAACCAGCGGCUGGCCGCCGAGAGUUCGCUGGGCCCGUCGGCAGCUGCAGCGGCGGCUGCGGCCGCUUCGCUCGGGCAGCAAUCGGCGGCGGCGGGAGUUGGCGAUGCGUCCGACAUGAAUGCGUUCUAUCGGUUCGAGAACGGAGCGGCGGCCGCAGCCCACCGACGGUACUACCCGACCGGAUACGGAACGCACGCCUCCCGGAUGUCCCCGCACAUGACGCCCCAGGUGUGCCGGCCGCACUUUCCCAGCCCGCUGUCCUGGUUCAACGAGUCGACGAAACCGUUCGCCGCGAGCGGCAGCUGGAGCAGUCCCUUCAGCUGUCCCCAGGAUCCCCAGGAAAGCAAGCAGAACCAGCAGAUGCAGGCCAGCAGUCAGGCCGCGGCCGUCGGCCAGCAUCUGUUCUCGUUCCCGCCGACGCCCCCCAAGGACUCGACGCCGGACUCGGUGCAGACGACCCCGACCGAGUACCAAACCACCCUGAACAACUUCAUGCACCUGUCCUCGAGCCAAGCGACCUCCGCCGGCAGUCAGCAAACGCACGGUGCGUCCGGCUCCAGCAACAACAACAACAACAACUCCAGCCUCUCGUCCGAGCAGUGCGGCAUCGACGUCAAGCCCUGCCUCACCGGCAGCGGCGGCGGCGGCUCCAUGAACGACCGGAGCGUCGUCGGACAGGACGUCGAGCAGAACCAGCCAAAGCAUCGGGAAGGUACGGGCAGUAGCAAUAACGUCAACAACAGCAGUUCCGCGUCCAGUGCCAACAGUCAUGGGGCCUACCAGAACUCUGCGGCGGCAGCGGCGGCGGCCGCCAACUCGUUCAACAUGUUUGACGGAACGGGUCACGGCGGCGGCAGCGGGUACGAUCACACCGGCUACGGGUUCCACCAGGCCACCGGACAUGGGAUCGGUGGCGGCGGGGGUGGUUCCUCCGGUGGGGGAUCGUACCAGCAGAGUUCGAGGCCGCCCGGUGGCGGCGGUGGCAGUGGCCUCAUGAACAGCUCCCACAUGAAGGCCCAGCGGGCCAAAGCGAAAUCCAGUGCCGAGGGCCGCGAGUGCGUCAACUGCGGCGCGACGUCGACGCCGCUGUGGCGGCGGGACGCCACCGGCCACUACCUGUGCAAUGCCUGCGGGCUGUACUACAAGAUGAACGGCCAGAACCGGCCGCUGAUCAAGCCCAAGCGGAAACCAGUUACCUCCCAGCAGAGUGCGGCCCGGCGGGCGGGAACCUCGUGUGCAAACUGCAAAACCACGACCACCUCGCUGUGGAGGAGGAACCAGAGCGGCGAACCGGUCUGUAACGCCUGCGGACUGUACUACAAGUUGCAUAACGUGGACCGACCGCUGACGAUGAAGAAGGAGGGCAUCCAGACGCGGAACCGCAAGCUGACGGCCAAAUCGAAGAAGCGAAAAUCCACGCCCGGGUACAGCUUCUCCUUCGGCGAUCUCAUGAACCCGCUGGACCACAACAAGUCCUUCCCGGGGGCGUUCCCGACGACGAUGGGUCAACACGCGCACUUGUCCGGUGGAUUGCACCCGGCCCACUCGCACAUGCACAGCGGUUGGUACACGACCGGACUCGGAUCGCUGGGAUCUGGGAGCAGCCUGCAGAACGGAUUUAGCAGUGGGGCACCGCUGGGAACCGGCGCGGUGGCGCACCCCCAGUCCUACCAUCUGGGGUUGAAUUCGAUGAGCUGGCGCUCGGAAUACACGUGACUAAUGGGCCAGUAAAUCCGGACUCCCAACACACACCCAAACCGUACCCGUACAGUUUAAGCACCUUUUGGUAGCAGCAGAAAAAAAUCAACAAAAAAAAGUGGCACGUGCACCUCCGGCUGACUGACUAAGCCGCAUGUGUGCAAACUAGAAAAAACGGGUUCUAAGCAGCAGCAGCAGCAGCACCAGCUUCAUCCGCAGCAGCAGCCCGCCCGAGAAGCCACCGCAAUAAGUUGAUAUUAGUACAAUUUUAGAUUUAGCCGCCCGCAGUCGCCGCCGCGCACCGAUUAUUAUCUUUCAAAAAGAGACAAUUACAUUGAUUUAUGUCAUCGUUGGGUUUUCCUCCAUCCCACCUUUUUCUCCCGCCACCCACAAAUCAGAGCAGGCCAUGGCUCAAAAUCGCACCGCCCGGCCAACCAGCAAAGCCUCGAGCAUUUCACGGUAAUUGAUUUCCGGCACACUAACGAGUGCGUUUUCGAAAAAUACAGAACAAAAAAAAACUGUUGGUUUUGCAAACUGCUGUCUGAAAACGGUACACUCUGUUGAUUUGGAAAGGUUGAAAUUUCAAAAUGCUUAAAA